AUGGUUUAUGGAUUCAAUGAUGCUGCACUAAGAAGGAAAUUAUGGGAGGAUAUCAAGGAAAUUCAUGAGCAUAUGGAUGAACUUUGGGCAGUCAUGGGGGAUUUCAACUGUGUCCUACAUAAAGAAGAAAGGAUUGGGAGUCCAAUUACAAUGACAGAAAUAAGAGAAUUCAAGCAAUGUGUGAAAGAAUGUACAUUACAAGAUAUGAAGUCUUCAGGGGCCUUCUUUACGUGGAACAACAAACAGGGAGGUAAUGACAGAGUAUAUAGUAGGAUUAACAGGGUGUUGGUCAAUAAUGAGUGGAUAUUGGCUUUACCAUAUUCAGAGGUAUAUUAUAGGAAUGAAGGGACAUUGGAUCACUGUCCUGCAAUAAUUAGAUGGGCAGUAGAUCAAAAGAAGCAACAUAUGUUCAGAUACUUUAACAUGUGGAGCAUGGCACCAGAUUACAAAGAGACAGUAAAGCAAGGCUGGAAGACAAACAAAACUGGGACCAAAAUAUAUGAGUUGGUGGAAAAACUAAACAACCUGAAGGGGAAAUUAAGGCAGCUAAACAAAGAGAAGUUCAGUCAUAUAGAAAAGAAAGCAGAUCAAGCACAAGAAAUAUUAAUGCAAUGUCAACAAAGAAUGCAACAAAUACCUCUUAAUCAGGAGCUACAAGAGGAAGAAGCAAGGCUAACCAGGAAGACUAAGAGGUUGAAUGAAGCAAGACAUCAGUAUUUAAAACAGAAAAGGAAGGUGCAGUGGCUGGAAAAAGGGGACCUAAACACCAAAUUGUUUCAUAACAUGAUGAAGGCUAGAAGGAAUAUGAACAAAAUCUUCUCUAUAACAGAUGCACAGGGAGUCAAUCGAACUGAGGUGGAUGCAAUUGCAAAGUCCUUUAUUGAUUUCUACACUACUUGUUAG